AAAUUCAACACAACCGUCCACCUUGGUCGAGAAUAGCAUAAACACAUCAAUACAAAGGCGAGAGGCCAAGACCUCAUAGGUCCAUAUAAUCAUGCCUCCACCACUUCCCAACACCAACGCCCUGCGCAGGGCCAACGAACUCAUCGAUGUCGGCCAAAAGCAAGCGGCUCACGCCGUAUUGCUUGAGACGGUCACCAGCAAGCGCACGAGAAAUACCACCAUUGCUGUACUGGAGCCGGUGAUGCUCCUGUUCGUUCAACUUUCCGUCGAACUUCGCAAGGGCAAGGCCGCCAAGGAUGGUCUCUACAACUAUAAGAACACUAGCCAGAACACAAAUGUCGCCACAAUCGAGCUGGUGUUCCGAAAAUUCAUUGAGCUGGCAGAGGAGAGGGUACAGGAGGCUCAGAGCAAGGCGGAUGAGGUGUCAGCCCAGGAAAGCACUACCGACUCUGGGAGCUCUUUGGUCAAUGUGGGUGAUUUGGAGGCCAUGGAGACACCAGAGUCAAUCCUGCUGUCGACGGUAUCAGGCGAGCAGUCGAAGGACCGGACAGACCGCGCCAUCGUUACACCAUGGCUCAAGUUCUUGUGGGAAACCUACAGGACCGUUCUUGACAUCUUCAAGAACAACGCCCGCCUGGAGGUCAUGUACCAAACCACUGCUCACCAGGCCUUCCAGUUCUGCUUGAAGUAUGCCCGCAAGACCGAGUUCCGUCGUCUCUGUGAGCUUCUGCGAAAUCACUUGCAGAACGCUGCCAAGUACUCGCAACAGGUCCAUGCCAUCAACUUGAGCGACCCAGACACGCUCCAGCGUCAUCUCGACACGCGAUUCAUGCAGCUUAACGUUGCCGUCGAGCUCGAAUUAUGGCAGGAGGCGUUCAAAAGUGUCGAGGAUAUCCACACUCUUCUCAGCCUCUCAAGAAGAUCCCCCAAGAACUCGAUGAUGGCCAACUACUACGAGAAGCUUACCCGAAUCUUCCUCGUCAGCGAGAACUACCUCUUCCACGCUGCAGCCUGGAGCCGAUACUACAAUCUCCUCACGCUUUCCGCUCGCCAGGUCGCUGUAGGCGCCUCCAAGAAAGACAACCCGGCCAAUAUUGGCGAUGCCGAUCUCUCCAAGGCUGCUUCUUUCGUGCUGCUCUCAGCUCUGUCGAUCCCUGUUAUCAGCACCUCGAGAUCUCGUGGUGCCCUGAUGGAUGCAGACACUGCCCGCAGCAACAAGAACCAGCGUCUCACAAACUUGCUUGGCAUGAAUAGCCCACCAAGCCGAAGCAUUCUCUUCAAGGAUGCCCUCAACAAGGAUAUUCUGCAGCGUGCACGACCAGAAAUCCGCGAUCUUUACAACAUCCUCGAGUCCGAUUUCCACCCCAAAUCGAUCUGCACCAAAGUUUCACCGAUUCUUGCUCAAAUUGGCGCUGAUGAGGAGAUGAAGAAGUACGUCCUGCCACUUCAGCAGGUCAUUCUCACCCGUCUCUUCCAACAGCUAUCUCAAGUCUACACCGACGUCAAACUCGGAGAAGUUCUCAACCUCGCACAAUUCCCUGACCCAUUCCAAGUUUCAGCCGCGACCAUCGAGAAGUUCAUCAUGAAUGGUUGCAAGAAGGGUGACCUGUCCAUCCGUAUCGACCAUUCCACUGGUAUCCUGACUUUUGACUCUGAUGUUUUCUCCUCUGCAAAGGAUCUGCACGCUGGGUCCGCUGCCGGCUCUGCCGAGUCAGACGCAGGAUCUGUACAGCGUCUGCAGAGCACUCCUGCCGAGAUUGUGCGUUCUCAAAUUUCCCGUUUGGCGAAGGCGUUGUACGUUGCUGCACAAUACGUUGACCCGUCGUUCAACGAGGAGCGUCAAAAAGCCAAGGUUGCUGCACUCAAGCGAGCCGAGGCUGGCGCUGCUGAAGAGCACACUCAAAUGAUCGCUCGUCGCGACAUCAUCCAGAAACGCAAGGAGACGCUCGUUAAUAAUCAGCUCGCACGGCAACGUGAAGAGGAGACUAGGAAGAAACUUAAGCAGCAGGAGAUGCUUGCUGCCGAGACUGAACGUCUCGCACAAGAAACGAAGGACCGUGAGGCGAAACGAUUGGAAGCCGAGAGAAAGAAAAUCCAACGUGAAGAGGCCGAGAGGCAGUUGGAAGAGCUCAAGAAGGGCGUCAAGGGUGUCGAUAUCUCUGGACUUGACAUUGACGAUCUCGACACCAGCCGAAUUCGUAUGCUCAAGCUACAGGCUUUGGAACGUGAGAAGAACGAAAUUGGCGAGAAGCUGAGGAUUGCUGGCAAGCGAAUCGAUCAUCUCGAGCGAGCUUACCGAAAGGAAGAGGUCAAGCAUUUGGCCGAAGAUUAUGAAGCUCAACGGGGGCGCGAUCUCAAGGCGUACGAGGACAGCAAAUCCGAAACGCUAGAGACAGCCGCACGAAAGCACAAGGAGGAUGUGGCACUCAAGCAUCGUCUCAGCCGACUGGUCACCCCCUACGAAGCGUUCAAGCAGGACAUUACUCAACAGCGUCACGCUGACUUUGAGAAGCGACGCAAGGCCGCCGAGCGUGAGCUCAGCCAGAAGAUGGAGCAACGACGCAAGGACGUACGCGAGCAAAGAGCUGCUGCCAAGCAACGACAGCGCAUUGAGGAGGAGGAAGCCGCUCGGGCGGCUGAGGAGAAGCGGAUCAAGGACGCCGAAGCCAAGGCCGAAGCCGAGAAGCGCCGUCAAGAGCGACAGGAGGCCGCACGGAAGCAACUUGAACGUGAGGAAGAAGCCGAACGCAAAGCACGAGAGCGAAAGCUGGGUGGUCGCGCGCCCGAACGUGCCCCGGAACGACCUACAUUUGAACGUCGCGCUGACGCCGCCCCAGCUGCGCCCGCUGCUGAGGAAGAACGCCCACGCCGUCUGCAGCUUGCUGGUAACACCGGUAAGCCCACCUGGCGUGAGCGUGAAGCCGCAAAAGCCUCUGGUCAGACUUUGCCUGGAUCCGAAAGCGAGGCACCAUCACGCCCAUCCGCUCCCCCUGCUGAACCUAGCGCCGCUCCACCAGCCACCACCGCUGCAGCACCCGCUCCGGCUACACGCGGAGGCUACGUGCCACCGCACCUCCGUGGCAAGCAAGCCGAGGGGGACGCUCCACCACCCGCUCCUGCCGCCGCGUCUGCAGCUUCAACAGAGAAAUGGCAACCUCGUCGUCGCCCCGAGGGCGAGACGGCAGAUGCACCUGCGCCUUCCGGUGGUGCGUACCGCCCGCCCGCUGCUAGCGGUGGAGCGUACCGACCUCCUGGACGUCGAUAAAUGGAUACAUGUGUUUGAGGGGUUGUCCACGUUUGGCACGGUGAAUGGUUUGUUGCUGUUUGUUCAAAGAAAGACUACAUCGUCUGAAGGUAGAGAGGUUCUGAGGCCUAUGGGUCUUAGUAUGCAGGGAAGACGUGGCUUCAUCACGCAACAUGAGAAAAAUGAAAAGACUUUCCGAUCCUAUUGUCAUUUGCCCCUUUCAGGCGUAGUCGUCUGUCCAGGUGCUUCUGUCU